AUGGACAAGCUACCUGGGGCGGUUGAAUGCGCUGCCGUUGCAGGAGCUGCUGUGGUUUCGAUAUGGUUCUUGCGUCGCGGCAAGCCGGCCUCCUACCCAGGUGAUGCAGUUCCAGAAAGCAGCAGGCUUCGAGGUGAUGCGAAGUUGAAGCCAGUCGCCAGCCGAGUUGUGGAAGGCGGCUGGCGGCCACGCAACGAGGUGCAAGCAAAGGAGGGGCUGUUGCCCCAUGAGGUGUCUGGGCAACAAGUCUGGGAGUUCUCGGCGUCCUCCAGCUCUCAGAAGACCGACGUGGACGCGUUCCAUCCUGAGGCGAACCCGAACAGUGCGGACUGCAUCUUUCGCCAGGCCAAGCUGAGCGAAUGGACGGGCCCGAAGCCGGACGCAGCACGGCCAGCAGAUGUCAACGCGGCUCUCCACAAAGGCUUCGAGUUCUAUCGGAUGCUCCAGUGCGAGGAUGGUCACUGGGCCGGCGACUAUGGUGGUCCGCAUUUUCUGCUGCCCGGCUUCGUGAUUGCGGCAUACAUCACAGGCCACCUGAAGACCAUUUUCCCAGACGCCCAUCUCCGAGCCAUCCAGGCAUACUUGCUGAACCACCAGCAGCAGGACGGCGGCUGGGGUUCACACAUCGAGUCUCCCAGCACGAUGUUCGGGACCGUGCUGAACUACGUUGCCUUGCGCCUGGUGGGCGUGGACUCUGAAGACCCCGCGUGCAAGCAGGGCCGUGCCUUCCUCGACCAGCAUGGGGGCGCCCUCUACGCACCCUCCUGGGCCAAGUUCUGGUUGGCAUGCCUCGGUGUCUACGAUUGGGAUGGCAUUGCGCCCGUUCCGCCCGAAAUGUGGCUUCUGCCAAGCUGGUUCCCCCUUCAUCCCGGCAGGUUCUGGUGCCACUGCAGGAUGGUCUACCUACCCAUGUGUUGGCUCUAUGCCCGACGCUUCACCUUCAACGCGUCGCAGGAUCCAGUGGCUGCAUCGUUGAGGUCUGAGCUGUACGGAGGGCAGAAGUACAGCGAGAUCCCAUGGAGGAGUCACGUUCACAGUGUGGCGGACAUCGACAACUACAGCCCGAUCCAUCCCGUCAUGAGGCUGCUCCAGGACGUGCUGCUCGUCUACGAGCGCCUGGGUCCAUGGCAGUGGUUGCGAAAAGUCAGCUGCGACUUUGCGAUGGAGUACAUGCAUGCCGAGGACCUUGAAACCAACUACUUGACCAUAGGCCCGGUCUCCAAAGCCUUCCAUAUCCUCGUUUCCUGGGUCGCGGCGGGGGGGGAGACGAAGCCCAGGGAAGCCGCAGAAAGCGGGCCAUUUCAAGCCCACGUGGCCCGGGUCCCAGCAUACACCUGGGUCGCGGAGGAUGGCAUGAAGAUCCAGGGCUACAACGGCAGCAUGGCUUGGGACACGGCCUUCGCGGUGCAGGCCCUGGUGGAGGCGGGCAUGGUGGACUCCUACCAGGACAUGAGUAGGAGAGCCUGGAACUGGCUUGUCAAGGAGCAGGUGAGGAGCCUGCCUCAUGGGGACUGGCGCCACUUUCGGCAGCCGAUUCAGGGUGGCUGGGGCUUCAGUACCGCUGAGCAGGCUUGGCCCGUGUCCGACACCACAGCGGAAGCUUUCAAAGCGGUCCUUUUGCUCCGGAAAGUCUCCAGCAUCAGAUCGACCGGGCGGGCCAUGCCCGACCAGCACUUGUGCGACACCGUCCGCUUCUUGCUCUCCUACCAGAACAACGACGGUGGCUGGGCGACCUACGAAAAUAACCGAGGCUGGAAAUGGUACGAGCUCUUGAAUCCCUCCGAGGUGUUUGGGGACAUCAUGAUCGACUACUCCUACGUGGAAUGCAGCUCCUCUGCCAUGCAGGCCUUAGCCUUCUUCUCCGAACAGUUUCCGGAUCACCGGGCUGCCGAGAUUCGGCGCUCCAUCAAGCGCGGUGCGCGCUUCAUCGAAGCUAUGCAGCGUGAUGAUGGCAGCUGGUUUGGAUGCUGGGGCAACUGCUUCACGUAUGGCUGCUGGUUUGGCAUUGAAGGGCUCCUCAUUGCGGGGCGGAAAACAUCCUGCGACGCUAUCCGGAAGUGUGUGAAAUUCCUGCUGGGCAAGCAGAAUUCCGAUGGCGGCUGGGGCGAGGACUUUGCCAGCUGCUUCAACAGAGAGUAUGCCGCACGGGACAAGCUCUAUGGAUGCGAUUCAGGUAGCACGGUGGUUCAAACUUCCUGGGCCCUCCUCGCACUCAUGGCCGCAAACUGCGAGGAAGCCUCCGCCAUCCAGCACGGAGUGGAGUUGUUGCUGAAACGCCAGCUUGCUUCGGGUGACUGGGCCCAAGAAAACAUAGCCGGGGUGUUCAACAGAUCCAUCGGCAUCACGUACACCGCGUUCCGGAACGUGUUUCCUCUCUGGGCCUUGGCCCGCUUCGAGACGCAAUACGGCCCACAGCACAAAUGCAAGACUUCGUUGAGGUUACUGGGCAGCCUAGCCUUAGAUCAGAAGAACAGAUCGAGUCGCCGACCUAGCCUAGAGCUGACGCUGCUUGACACAAGCGUCUCCAAAGAGGAGGAAGCUGAAGAGGGAAGGACCACUCCUGGCCUCACUCGGCUGGUCUCGCUCGCAAGGCGGGCGGUUCGAGACGAAGUGUCCGAAUGGGUCCCAGAUGACGAGGAGAAGGCGAUCAUCGCUCGGGCGGUGAAGCGCCUGCAGGAGCGCUUGGCGAACGCGCUUGAGCCGGAGCGGGCGAAGCUGCGCCGGGUGCAGGUCGAGUUGAACCGACGGAAAGAAGAGAAGGCCCCACGAGCCUCCCUCAUGGAGAACCGUAACCGGGCAGAGUAUCAGCUGAGCCAACCGGAGGACUUGCAGCCGAGUAGCCCCGUAAUGGGCCGACGAAAAGGCAUUCUACGGACGACCUCCUUCACGACCCCGCCACAGAUUACGGUCUCUGAGGCGGUGGAGCUUCCGAUCACAUCCACCACCGCCGCCACUGCCUUCGGAGGCUACACCUUCCCAAGGGAGGCAGAGAGCGGCAUGUCCCCAACGCAGACGCCUCGAGACUCUCACCCAUCGAAUCCUUCCUCCCCAGGGGCCACCCCCAGGGCCCAGAUGCUUCCGCGGCUUCCCCUGAAGCCUCGGAGCUCCGCCGUCUCCAUUGCCGAGACGGAGGAGCUCCUUGAGUUUCCUGAAAGUAGCCCGUUGCCUCUGAAGCUACCGAAGCAUUCGAUGUCACACUCCGUCGUAUCGGACUCAACCGCCACGGGUGUGUCUGCCUCGCCCCGAUCGAGCACGGCCGCCAGUGCCAAGACCCACCGCUCCCCUCGACAAAGCUUGGCGAACAUCUUCCGCUUUAAGGACUCGCAGAUACCGAUGGGCCUCAGCCGGCGUUCCGACCUUGAACUGGGCUGGGUGCUGAGUCAAGCCCUUGGGGAGGCCGCCAGCAGUGGGCAGCUCAAGGAGCUUGCCGCCCUGCGGAAGCGGGCCACGCCUACCACAGAGGCGCCAUCUUCACCUGGCGCCACUGCUGCCACCGUCUCACCAACCUGUAUCAAGCUGGAUCCCGAGCCGUCACUGGCGUCUGAGCUUCCCCGACACGAUCGCGACCACCCACCGAGCGACACCGACUCGGCUUCCGUCGAGGAGCUGAUCCAGCAGCACUUAGCUGCCUUCCGUGAGGAAUCGCUGCAGAGCGAAGGUGCGUGGCGAGCCAGCCUGCAGCAGACAUUGCAAGAAGCGCAGGGCAAAGAGCUCGCCAGGGUGCAGGCCAGCCUCGCCGAAGCAUUGGACACUCUCCUGGAGGGCCGGCUCGCAGCCUUGCAUGCUGAGUUGCUCCAACGUGGCGCCUCCAGGGACGCUGCGGGGGCGCUGGGAUCGGAGGUCAGAGCGUUGCAGGGCCAACUCGAGCGGAUUGAGGAGACGCAGUCCGACCUACUCGAGCAGUUCAAGAAGGCUGAGAUGAGUCUCGGUAGUUCGAUGGAGCAGCAGCUGGCCCUCCAUCAGGAGGCGCUGGAAGAGCGCUGUUUGGAGCUGCAAGGGCAACUCCAGGCCUCGACGAAAGCGCAGGAGGUGGCAGUGAAAGGAAUGGACCCGCCCAGGUCCGACGAAUCUGCUGAGAAGUUAGAAAGUCGCCUUGACUUGCUGGAAGAGAAGCUGCAGGACCAAUCUGAUAGGAAGUCGCAGACCUCGAGCGUGGAGGAGAUCGUCAUCGACUCAAGUGAGCUGAGGGAGGAGAUGGGCCACAUCGUGGCGGAGCUCGAAGCGAAGAUGAUCGUGGACCUUGAGGCCGUGCGCGAGGAGAUCAAUGAGCAGACACGGGUCUUGCGAGCUCACUGCGACCAGCAAGUUGCCAAGUUGGAGGAGAAUGCCGAGCAGCGCUUCGAAGUCAUGGAAGACUUGCGGAAGCAGUUGGGUGAUGGCACAGAACGACUUGAAAAGGAGAAGCAGCUGGAGGAGGAGCUCCAAGCAGCCAAACAGAGGCUCAAAGACGAGAUUGCUGCAGAAUCUCUGGCAGUCCUGGAGGCCCGGUACGACCAGCGAAUGCACAACUUCGAGGACUGUAUGGAGACGCGGCGCGCUGCGCAGCAGCGGGAGACGGAAAGGAUGUUCACAGAUCUCCACCGGUCCAUGAGCAAGCUGGAAGGCGCCCAGAAGGUGCUGGUGACGAAGACCCUGCCAGAGGUGCAAUCUUCCUUAGCGGCCGCUUUGGGAAAGGAAAGGGCGGAGCAGCAGGACAGGCUUCACCAAGUAGCACGGCUCUACAGCAAGAAGGUCGAGAACGCGUUGAGCUUGGGCGAAAGUUCCAUGCAGAAGCUGGCAAUGGACGUCGCCAGAAGUCGGGCUUUCGACAAAGCGAGCAUCGCCGAGCUAGACAAGCAGCUGCGUGACUUCACGAGCUCGGAAUGUGACGCAGUGCUUCAGACACUGAAGGGGCGCAUCGCCCAGGAGGAGGAGGAGCGCGUGAUCUCGAUGACGGCCGUCCGGCAGGACGUCAGGCAGCUGAAGGCUGCCCUGGAGCCAGCUCUUCUGUCUCCGGAUGACACAUGUCUGGUGCCCAACAGCUGCAAAUCCCCCGUGGCUGCUGGCUUAGCGACCUUGACGUCGCCAGCACGCGCGGCCCGGUCUCCCUUCGGGUGCGCGAGCAGCGUGAACAGCGUGGGCCACUCCUUCGACCCUGCCGGCCGAAAAAGAAGUGAACUCUGUCGGCGGAAGGUUCCAGGCGCAGCUACGCCCCGAGCCCGAACGCCCCGGUGA